GCUGUGCCACACUGGCACUGUGCUGUGCCACACUGGCAGUGGCAUAUUUUACAUCCAGUUACAUCGCCCAGUGUUGUACAUUUUGCAGUAAAGACAAUGUUAACAGUAACUGACACCUGCCCUUAUUCCGAGGGCCUGAAGUAUUUGACCUUAUAACCUUCACUCACCUAUUUCCUAGUUGAACUCAUGUCUUGUGCUAAGUGAAUGCUAAGAGGAUAUUCUCCCAGCCAAAAGUUUUGAACAUAGAUAUGGACAUAGGACACUUUUCCACACUUUACUGCAUGAGGUUAUCUAGGCAGCAAGAUUACUGUUCAGGAAAGUUGACAUUAAAACACUAACACAUCCCCUCAGUCUGUCUUCCUUUGCCUUUCAAACAGACAAAGACUAUUACAGCCUUUGUGAAAAGCAGCCCAUCGGACGGCUGCUUUUUCGGCAGUUCUGCGACACCGGAACCGAGCUUUCACAAUGCGUCCGGUUCCUGGAUGCGGUGGCGGAAUAUGACGUCAUCCCCGACACAAUGAGAAAGGAGUAUGAGCAGAAGCUAAUGAAUACGUACUUCAACCUAAACUCACAGGAGCAUGUUGCAGAGAUACCAGAGGAGAUCUUUCAGAAAUGCGUGACGAUUCUGAGUAAGGAGCCAUGUAAGGACCUGUUUAAGGAGUGCGCAAAGCUUGUCCAUGACUACCUGAGUGUGGGUCCAUUUGCCGAAUACCUUGAGAGUAUGUACUUUAAACGUUUUCUGCAGUGGAAAUGGUUAGAAAGACAACCAGUAACAAAGAACACAUUCCGUCAGUACAGGGUACUGGGAAAGGGGGGCUUCGGAGAAGUGUGCGCAUGCCAGGUAAGAGCUACAGGGAAGAUGUAUGCAUGCAAGACGCUGGAGAAAAAGAGGAUCAAAAAGAGAAAAGGUGAAUCGAUGGCACUGAAUGAGAAGGAGAUCCUGGAAAAAGUGAACAGCAGAUUUGUGGUAAGUCUGGCUUAUGCUUACGAAACAAAGGACGCACUCUGCCUGGUGCUGACGCUGAUGAAUGGAGGCGACCUUAAGUUCCAUCUCUAUCACAUGGGCAAGCCCGGCUUCGAUGAGCCAAGAGCCAUCUUCUACGCAGCGGAGCUCAUCUGUGGGCUGGAGGAUCUUCACAGAGAGAGAAUAGCGUACAGGGACUUGAAGCCUGACAACAUAUUAUUAGAUGACCUUGGUCAUAUUCGUAUAUCAGACCUGGGACUGGCGAUCCGGGUGCCCGAGGGUCAGACGGUGAAAGGGCGGGUUGGCACCGUGGGCUAUAUGGGUGAGUGUGGCUCAGUACAGUCAUUGCCAAAAACUUAAGAACAUAAGAAUUCUACCAAGUUUUGAAAAGUUAAAGUCUAAAUAUGCUGAUUUUGCUUGAAAAUGGUAUCAUUCACGGUAAGAACAUAAAAACAUAAAAACUAUACAAACGAGAGGAGGCCAUUCGGCCCAUCGAGCUCGCUUGGGGAGAACUUAACUAAUAGCUCAGAGUUGUUAAAAUCGUAUCUAGCUCGGAUUUAAAG